AUGUCCAAACAAGAUGAAGAACAAUUAUUUAGAAGAAAUUCUGAAUUUGAAAUGGAAUCAGCUUUAGAAUUGAAAAAUGAAGAAUUAAAUCAAUAUAAAUUAAAAUUAAUAACCAAGACCAAUUUAAACAAUAUAUCACCAAACAAGAUAUUAGAAAAUCAACAUCAUAUGAAUAUUGAAAAUAAAAUAUUAAAUAUAUUUAUUGGGUUAUUUACCUUGUUUGUUAUAUGUCAAUAUACUUUAUUAAGUUUGAUAAAUAUUGAAGAUACAGAUUUAUAUUUCACAAUGAGUGUUUUAAGUUUUAUAAUGAUUACCAUGGGUAAAUUGAUAACAUAUUUUGGAUUAAUAAAUUUUAUAAGAAGAUGUUAUAUUGGUGUUAAAAUUUUCCAAACAAAUGUUCAAACAAAUAUUUUGUUUAAAUUGAUUAAUUAUCAAUUUAUUGGUUUUUUCCAAACUUGUGGAUUAACUAUAGGUAUAAUAUCAAUUAAUAUGAUGUUGCAACAUGUAUUAAUUAAUCAUCAAGAGUUAUAUAGUAAUGAUGUUAUUGUUGAUAUAACACAAGUUGUUGAUUAUGUGUUGUAUGGGGUGUUGAUUGUUGGAGGUGUUGUUAGUAUAUUGUAUAGAAGUGUUAGACUGAUGACGAGAUAA